AUGACAAUUCCACCUUCUUUCUUCACCAUCACUCUCUUCCUCAUCACCUUCAUACCUCUCUCGCUUCCAACUGUCGUUAACGGACUCGGCUCAGCCUCCACCGCCGCCAUCACCUACGGCACCACCACAGUCUGCGGAAUCAUUGCCGCCGAGCCCACCCAGAGAGUCCAAUGCUACCAAAACGGCCAAGUCAUCUCAGUCCAACCCAAUAUCUCCUUCGAAGCCAUCUCAGGUGGCGGCAACUUCUUCUGCGGCCUCCGGUCCGGCGGCUCCAGCCUCCUCUGCUGGGACACUAGCCCAUCAUACUCGAGCUUCCAGCCAAGACGUAUAUAUUACAGCGACACGGUCAGGCUGACUGAUCUAACUGUCGGCGAUACUCAAGUUUGCGCCAGAGAGAUCAACUCCGGCAUCGCCAGGUGUUGGAGAGGAAGUAAUAAAGGUGGGUUUAACUUCUCAUCACCCCGGGAAGCAUUGAGGUUCCGUUCGAUGACAUCUGGAAGUGGGUUUUCAUGCGGCAUUUUGAAGAACGACAGCUCUGUUUUAUGUUGGGGUAAUGGUAAUUACAUCGGAUCCGAGAUUCAGAGACAGUUCGGGAAUUUGUCAAUGUCAAGCUUAGUCGCCGGAGAGUCUCAUGCCUGUGGCUUGACGACGACAGGGACGUUGGUUUGUAAAGGGAACAAUGGUUCUGGUCAGCUGGAUGUUCCUUUUAGCUCCGCUUCUGAGUUUUCUGGUUUGGCAUUGGGAAGCAAUUUUACUUGUGCUAUGCGGGCAAGAAAUGGAUUGGUGGCAUGUUGGGGAGGAAGCAAUCGAUUUGAAUUCGACAGCAAUGCGAUUGAAAACAUUUCCUUCGAGUCGAUUGUUGCAGGUUUAGAUUUUGCUUGCGGAUUAACGUCGAGCAAUUUAUCGAUGAUUUGUUGGGGACCCGGGUGGCCCAGUAUAUCCAGUGAGCUUCCAUUAAGAAUUGUUCUUCCGGGUCCAUGUGUUUAUUCUUCAUGUAACGCAUGCGGUGUAUAUCCAAAUUCUGAGGCUCUGUGUGAUGGGUCUGGGAAUAUAUGCAAGUCUUGCCAGAUUGAGCUGCCGGUUGCCGUUCCGCUUCCGCCGAAGGCAUCAUCACCGCCGUCAAAGCAGCCGGUUUCUCCCCCAACAACCAAAGGCAGGAACAAGUUUUCAUUGGCGUUUGUGAUUGUUGGAUCGGUCGGCGGUUUUGCAGGCAUUUGCAGCAUUGCCUUUUGCGUAUGGGCUGGAGUGCUUAGUUUGUUGCGCAAGAACAAUUCUAAUUCUGUGCAACCCAACAACGUGGAUGCUGUCACUGUCACUGAUUCAAUUGCCCCAACUCCAAGCUCAUUGAAAAGGCAGAGAAGUGGGUCGUCAACAGCAUCCAAGCACAUGGACAGGACGCGGACAUUUUCUUUCUCAGAGCUUUCCUCUGCCGCCAACAACUUCUCAAUGGAAAGCAAGAUUGGCGCUGGGAGCUUCGGCAGUGUUUACAAAGGCAAGCUCGUGGACGGCCGCGAAGUAGCCAUCAAAAGGGGAGAAACUUCUAUCAGAACAAAGAAAUUUCAGGAAAAAGAAAUCGCCUUUGAUUCUGAAUUGGCGUUGUUGUCUAGGAUUCACCACAAGCAUUUAGUUGGGUUGGUCGGAUUCUGUGAAGAGAACGACGAGAGGCUUCUGGUUUACGAGUACAUGAGCAAUGGCGCCCUCCAUGAUCAUCUGCAUAACAAGAACAAUGUUGAAAAAAGUAGCAGCGUUUUGAAUUGUUGGCAAAUGAGGAUCAAAAUCGCAUUAGACGCCGCCAGAGGAAUUGAAUAUCUGCACAGUUAUGCAGUGCCACCGAUCAUUCACAGAGACAUUAAAUCCUCAAACAUACUUUUAGACGCGAAUUGGACUGCAAGAGUGUCGGAUUUUGGAUUAUCACUAAUAUUGAGGCCAGAAUCUGAACAUGAAUCCAUGUCUUCCAAGGCUGUCGGAACGGUCGGCUACAUUGAUCCUGAGUACUAUGUACUAAACGUUUUGACAGCAAAGAGUGAUGUCUAUGGCUUAGGUGUGGUCUUGUUGGAGCUUUUGACAGGGAAGAGAGCUGUCUUCAGGAAUGAAGAGGACGUGACGGCGGGUCCAAUUGGCGUGGUGGAGCAUGCGGCCCCGCUGAUAUUGGCAGGGGAGCUACAAAAGGUGGUGGAUCCAAGGGUUGGGCUGCCAGAACUGCACGAGGCGGCGGCAGUUCAGGUGUUGGCUUACACUGCUGCACGUUGCGUGAGCUUGGAGGGAAAGGAGAGGCCUAGCAUGAGUGACAUUGUUGCCAAUUUGGAAAGGGCAUUGGCCCUUUGUGAGGAGAACCCCGGCAGCCUCUCCCCUGCUACAUUGUCCACUCGUUCAGAAUGAGAUUUCUGGCCC